ACUCAUGUCAUGGUUCUGCAUUCCUCGGCAUCAGCAAUAGCUUCCACCGCCGCUCCGCUUGAUAUGCAUUCUCCUUGAUAUGUAUCGGGCACUGAGCGCACACCGCCUCGUUUACCGUGCCCGCAUCUCAAGGCUUGUGAAAUCUGGCCUCAUCGACCAGGCAACCCAGGUGUUCGACGAAAUGUCCCAAUCAGAUUGCCGCGUAUUCAGCCUUGAUUACAACCGAUUCAUCGGGGUACUCGUCAAGCACUCGCGCUUUGAUUUGGCUGAGCAGUACUACUUCCAAAUGCUUCCUCAGGGGUUCUCUCUCAACUCCUUCACCUACUCUCGCUUCAUUUCGGGUUUGUGCACGAUCAAGAACUUCACUCUUAUCGACAUUCUAUUGAGAGACAUGGAUAUGUUCAAUUAUGUCCCAGAUAUCUGGGCUUUUAACAUAUAUUUAACAGUUUUGUGUAGAGAUAAUAUGGUAGAUUCUCUCUAUGAUACUUUAUCCACUUAAUAGUCUUUCAUAUGCAUUUUUCUUGUGGGGUUGAACUUAUUUUAAAUCAGAGGUUUUUGGAGGCAGUAAGCUCAUAAAUGUUCGAUUUAUCUCCCUGAAGUUAAUACAUACACUCUCCUUUAUACCUGGAAAAAUUUGACUCAUAUAUGCAUUAACUGUGUGCCUCUUUUUUCUUGUGACAAUGAGCAGGUGGAGCUGGCUAUGGAAAAGUCAUGCUUUCUUGAUAGUAAGUUUUUACCUUGCAGAGUUAUUCUUUUCAAGCAGAAUAAAAUGUUGUAUCUUAUACCUUGUUUAUGUAUAUAUUCCCUAGCAUUGAAAAGAACGUGUACCCUAUUCAUAUCAUAUAUCAAUAUUCAGAUGUGAUGUUGAACAACAGAUGAAAAGUCAUCCAUCAAUAUGUCCGUUCUUGGAUGACAAAAUCCAUAAAGGGGUAUAUUAACUGAUGCUGGAAAAAUAUAAUGUGAUAUCUGUUAUAUGCAUGGCUUCAAUGAGUGUGAAAGGAGACAAGGAUGUUACUGGAGUUUAAAGAUAGAAGAUUUAUAAGAAGAAACAAAUUAUGGACUGGUUCGAAUGUCAUGAGGGAAAAUUAACAUGUUUGAAGCUCUUUAUUUUUUUUCCAAAUUCUGUCUUCCUACCAUAGAAAUAAAAAUAUAUUUUGUUG